ACAACCCUCCUGCAACGUUCCUCGCUGUUAUCUUCCAUUUGCAAGAUGAAAUGCAUCAUCAUUUGCUUCGCUCUGUUGGUGUCAUUCAAAACAACACGUUCUCAGGAUGGACUCCCGGGCAAUAAGCUGGAUCAAGUUUCCCUUGCCAGAACAUUCACUCCCGGAGCCUGCGGUGGAGGACAAACGUCAGUGUGCGCUUCCUGUACGUCACUUUCCUUCUGCAUCUCCGCCAACGUGGUAGUGGACGUCCCUUGCAACUCAUCCAGCGCCUACUGCAAUCCGGGUGACGUGGAGGCCAGUUGCUCAACUGUCCCUGCCGAAGGGUGUGCUGCUGUGGCAGAUCAAACGGCUGCAAUCACGUGUUCCUCAGUAGGAUUGUUACCCGAUCCUUCAAAUUGCAACAUUUACCAUGUUUGUCGCACGGUACAAGGAACCUCGGAUGUCUAUCAAUGUCCAGCCGGAACACGUUUCAACCUUGCUGUCAUGCAAUGCAGGGCUCAGGGCCUAUCGCCUUGCGUGACGGUCACAUGCGGGGUCGCCAGUGGAUUUGUGUACUACGGAACAUCGCGGCAGUAUUAUGCGUACUGUUUGGUGGCGAAUGGUGUCACAAGCCGCUUCAUAUUCAAGUGUCCAAAUCGAGCCACUUUCAGCAUGGUUACCAAUUCUUGCGUUUACGUUUGUCCUGGUGUGGGAAACUACGUUAACUCGAAUGAUCCGGCAACAUAUUACCAGUGUUACGUGUCCAAUGGACGGUACGUGGCAGUUUUGAGGCAGUGUCCUUUGGGGACAACCACCUUUAACCAAACGUUGCAGUAUUGUGUGUAGGAGGUUGGCAUGAUCUUCAAAACAAUAUCAAAUUUAUGAAUCACAAAUGCAGUUUUAAAUAAAGGAAACACAUUUCUUC